AUGUCCGACAGUGACACGAGCAAAGCAGCUAAGAAAUGUUCUCAUGGCACUUGUGCUGUGGUGGGAUUCUGCGUGAGGGAUUUCAACAAGAUGGUCCUCCGCUCAUCCCCAAUCCCAGACCAGCUCGAGUUCCUGAGGAGGCAGCCCAGGUUGCAGCAAGGCGACAAGCCAGUCACCAUAGCUGGAAUCUCGCUAAGGCACCAGGGCAGGCACAUCACACCAGCAGAUCUUGCUAGGAUUGGACGCAGCGAAAGUGAUCUUUCCAUUUACAGGAAGGAGAAAUCAGUCUCGAUCAUACUGAAAGACUUGAAGCUGGAGUUCGAAUCGAAGAAGAAGGAUCGUUUCUACCUGAGGAAAGAGUACUUCUCAAAGGCCAAAAAACGCCCACUCGACGAUCUUCCACAACCGAGCAAACCGUUUCUUUUGAACAACAUCGAGAGUGUGAGAAAAAGAAUGAAAGGUACGUGA